ACCGGCCGCCGCUGCGGCCGCCGCUGCCGCCGCCGCUCAGCAGGGCCGCGACCCCGCAGCCGCGCGCGGGCCUCGGCGCGAUGGAGCCGGCGCUGGCCGCGCAGGUGAGCGAGGCGGUGGCGGAGAAGAUGCUCCAGUACCGGCGAGACAAGUCAGGAUGGAAGAUUUGCCGGGAAGGCAACGGAGUCUCAGUUUCCUGGAGGCCAUCUACGGAGUUCCCAGGGAACCUGUACCGGGGAGAAGGCGUCGUGAAUGGGACCCCAGAGAAGGUGUGGGGCUGCGUCAAGCCACUUGCUGGGACCCUGAGAGACAAGUGGGAUGAGAAUGUGAGCAGCUUCGAAAUUAUCGAAAGCAUCACUGACACGCUGUGUGUCAGCAGAACCACCACCCCGUCCGCCGCCAUGAAGCUCAUCUCCCCCAGAGACUUCGUGGACUUGGUGCUGGUCAGGAAGUAUGAGGAUGGGACUGUCACUUCCAACGCCGUCAACGUGGAACACCCGUCAUGCCCCCCGCAGCCGGGGUACGUGAGGGGGUUUAACCACCCCUGUGGCUGCUUCUGCGAGCCUGUGCCCGGGGAGCCCGGCAAGACCAGCCUGGUCACGUUCUUCCAGACCGACCUGAGUGGGUUCCUGCCGCGGGGCGUGGUGGACUCCUUCUUCCCCCGCAGCAUGGCCGGCUUCUACGCCAACCUGGAGAAGGCGGUGAAGACAUUGUACAACUGACGUGCUCACCCGCCGGCCCCGAGCCCGCGUCACUCCCCGCAGAACUCGGCGGCCCGGGUUCCCUCUUCGGAACCCGCCCGGGGACGGCUCAGCUCCCCAGAGGCCCGCUUGGGGACCCGCCCCGGUGCCCCUGGCUGUGCACACCUCCUCCAGCCGGCCACCAGGCUGCGGUCCAAACUUCGUGCCAGUCACAGUCAGAGACCUCCGUCCCUGUUGGUCAAAAGGAACCCCCGUCGACACUGGAAAGCAGGCCGUGCUGCCCCUCAGCAUCCAGGGCUCCGUCCGACCUGUGCCGCGGGCCUCCCGGUGCCCUCCCGGUGACCCUGCGCCAGAUUGUCCCCUUUAAAAAGAAGCCCCUAAAAAGCAGCUUGGGACGUACCCUUUUCACCAAUGAGCUAAGUCUUAAGGAAAAAUACAUUCAAUAUU